CGCAGACAUUUCCGUACAUGGAAAAGAGAUUUCGCAAUCUUCUUGUCGUGUGUCCGUGUCUAAACAACAGAACCAGAGAUCGAACACGGAACCGAAAGUCCUGUAGUAAUUUUGGACUACGUCAACCCCGGACAAGCGACGAGUUCCUCGGGUGUCCGCUUAAGGUCCCGCCCAGCACACGGCUCUGUUGUCCACAUCCCUUACUUUCUUGACCCAAGACUGCUCUGGUCAGAUAGUUACACCUGAAGGCAACACAGCCAAAUGAGCCGGCCGGCACAGCCGAAAAUCACCACAACUGACCACAAAGGCGUGAGCGUAAUCCAGAGUCAAGGCCACGCCUCCUCCUCUACUGUCUCCUCCUCCGUAUCGUCUCUGCAGCAGGUUCCACAGCUCAUUCCUGCCAACCCCUCGUCUGCAGGUGGCAAGGCCCUUCCACCCAGCAAGAUGAAGAAGCCAUCAGCAGACAAAGACAGCGAUGAGUACCGCCAGCGCCGUGAGCGCAACAACCUAGCGGUGAAGAAGAGUCGCAUGCGCAGCAAGCAGAAGGCAAUGGACACGCAGCAGCGGGUCAAUGAGCUGAAAGAGGAGAACGAGCGUCUAGAGGCCAAGAUUAAGCUGCUGAGCAAGGAGCUAAGUGUGCUGAAAGACCUGUUCCUGGAACACGCCCACAACUUGGCCGACAACGUCCCACCGCCACAGGUCGGCGUCGAUGGCGCCAGUCCUGCCAACAAUAACGCCUCCACCAAUGGCCAAUGAGGGCGAUUGCGGAGAGACUUUAGGAACACGAACUUGUCUUCUUUGCAACUUCUCUUUGUUUUAUAAUGAAGUCUUUCAUGUUUGGCACCCCCUGCUGGAAAACCUGAAACAGAUUUUAUUUCCCAGAACUGAAAAAAAAAGACGAUUGGGAUUUUUUUUAACUAUUCAAAAAAGCAAACUAAUGGGUGAAUAUUCUUAAUAAUUUAUUGGCCUCUGGUAAUUCUCACUAAACGGACUUUUGUAGAAUUUUGAAAACAGACCAUGUAGUGAUGGAUCUGUUUGUCUGUGAGCAGACGUGAACUCUGUGAACUCCGAGACGUCGGCGGACCAGCAGUCGGAUGUGACUUCCUGUGCAACAGCUACCUGUCGAAAUGAUUGACAAGUGACGUUGUCAUUAAAACUUUAUUUAACAUCACUUCCACUCUCAUCUUCAUACUUAGAACAAACCGGUGGAAUGUUACUUUAACAGGCAUGUCGUACCUAAACACACACACACACGCAUGCUGUCAUUCAGCUGAGUUUAUAAAUAGCCUUGAAAUUCCAGGUUUUUCAAGGCCACAUCCUUCCACUAAUUUGUCACCAGUGAAUGGACUGAUGAGGACGUGUUGACGAUCAGCUGUGAAACUUUGUAAACAAAGACUUAUUGUUAUUGAUUGUUCCU